ACAGCCAUUAGGAUUUCUGCCCUCCCACCGAAGCUCAUGUUACAGUACAUGCGUCCAUUUAUAUAUUAACGGUGGUGUCUCCCCACUUGGAGAAAAAGGGCCAAUGCCAUCCCCAUCACAGUAGCUCUUGCCAUUUUGGCAUCUCAUCCUCUCAAUCUUUGAGCAGAAAGAAAGAAGAAGAAGAAGGAGAGUUUUAAUUCACGGUGCUGGGUUAAUUUUAUAUGAUGGAGGCUAAUAACAACAAUAACAUCAUAGCACCCUUUGUUUUGAAGAUUUAUCAGAUGGUCAGUGAUCCAACGACGGAUUCUCUAAUUUCCUGGGGCAGAGCAAACAACAGUUUCAUCGUCAUCGACCCUUUAGAUUUCUCUCAGAGGAUUUUGCCUGUUUACUUCAAACACAACAACUUCUCUAGCUUUGUUCGACAGUUGAACACCUAUGGUUUUAGAAAAGUCGAUCCAGAUAGAUGGGAAUUUGCAAACGAAUGGUUUCUCAGAGGGCAAAAGCAAUUGCUGAAGAAUAUAGUUCGCAGGAAGCAUAGUACUAAUAAUAAAGGGUCAUCAUAUAUGCAAGUAAAUAUAAAAGGUGAAGACUUCGAUGAUGAAGAAAUAAUUAUGGAGAUAGCAAGGUUAAAGCAAGAACAGAAGGCCUUAGAGCAAGAACUUGAAGGCAUGAACAAGCGUUUAGAAGCGACGGAAAGACGUCCACAACAAAUGAUGGCUUUUAUCUAUAAAGUUGUUGAAGACCCUGAUCUCCUUCCUCGUAUGAUUCUUGAAAAAGAACGUACAAGGCAGAUAAAAGACAAGAAACAACGUUUGAUGAUAUCUUCUUCGGCGACAUCACCUUCUGGCAUGGCAAUUUCAAGUACUUCAACAAAAAUAAAGUCUGAAGUGGUUCAUGAAGAGGGUUCUAUAGGGGUAAUAUCUUCGCCAGAAACUGUUUUUAAUGUAGAUAAAUUUUGUCAAUCUUCACCCUCACCUGAUGGGUCAGAUAUUAACGCUAUAGGAUGGUUAGAUCAAGUGAACUAUGGUCUUGCCGUGGCAGGACCAAGUCCAUUUACAACAGGCUCAAUGGGUGCAGGGAUUGGGGCAACGGUGGCAGUGUUGCCGCAAGGGAAUAGUGCUGUGAUAGGAUAUGGUGGUGAUUGGGGUGCCCACAUGAACUAUUUUGGUGAAAUGGCGGCGGGGGUGGAGGAUAGGCCACGACCGUCUUAUCCAUUUUCACUUUUGGGAGGUGGCUUUUAGCUGCUGCCAUUCACAAGAUUAUGUUGGAUUCUAUCUCUUAUAUUAAUUUUGCGUUUUGGGUA